CAGCACGCGCUUCUCUUUGUAGCCAGCCGUUAGCCGUAGCAGCAAGUUAGCCUUAUAUUUGCAAUAAACGGGAUGGAGAGCGGUGAGGGAAUGGAGGUUGAUACCUGGGACCCCAGUCUGGAGGACGAGUUGGGAGUUUCACUUGAUGAGCUAAAGAAAUGGAUUGAAGAGGCUGUGGAGCAGAGUGAAGUUGUGCAGAAGAAAAAAGCGCAGCUGAAAGAGCUUGAAGAAUGGGUGGAGCAGAAAGAGAAAGAGGAGGCCGAGACAGAGAAACUUCUCAACGAUGCAUACCAGUCUGUAACGGAGUGUGAGAAACUUGUGAAGGCUGUGUAUGAAAGUAACGGUCUGGUCUAUCGGGAGAGCAGCUCAGAGGAUGAGGGAGGCGGAGGAAGAAGGCUGCCCUCUGAAGUCAUCGAGAUAGAUGAUGAUGAAGAUGAUGACGUCAUCGCCGUAGGAUGCUUGGUUCCCCCGUCGAAGCCACUAAUGCCAGCUAAAGACCCAGUGUUAAAAGACGCCUCCACAGCCCUGCAGAAAGCCACCCAGCAGGUCCAGAAGGUGGUCCAAAUAGUCACCAAGCCUUCCACUGGUUCUGCUUUGAUACGAACAGCGGUGCAGUCUGCAGCUCAGCCAGGCAUUCAGACCUCCACACCAGCAAUAUUUGUAUCACACGCCCCAUCUCAGACAAUGACGAAGCCGAAUCCUAACAUAAAAGAGGACGAGCUCAAAGUCGGGAUGAGCAUCCUGGGAAAGAAACGCACUAAGACAUGGCACAAAGGCACCCUGGUUGCAAUUAACCCUGUUGGAAAUGGUAUAUUUAAGUAUAAGGUAAGGUUUGAUAAAGGCAAGAGUCUGCUGUCUGGAAAUCAUGUGGCUUUUGAGUACAACCCCACGCUGGAGAGCCUGUAUGUUGGCGCUCGUGUGGUUGCCAAAUACAAAGAUGGCAACUUGGUUUGGCUGUAUGCUGGAAUCGUAGCAGAGAUGCCUAACAACAAGAACCGCAUGAGGUUUCUGAUCUUCUUUGACGAUGGCUAUGCUUCAUAUGUGAUCCUUCCUGAACUGUACCCAGUUUGCAGACCUUUGAAACGUACUUGGGAAGACAUCGAGGAUGCGUCUUGCCGCGACUUCAUCGAGGAGUACAUCUCUGCCUAUCCCAGUAGGCCGAUGGUGCUCCUAAAGGUCGGUCAAAUCAUCAAGACUGAGUGGGAGGGGACGUGGUGGAAGAGCAAAGUGGAAGAGGUGGACAGCAGCUUAGUCAAGAUUCUCUUUUUGGAUGAUAAGAGGAGUGAAUGGAUUUAUAGAGGAUCCACCAGGCUGGAGCCCAUGUUCAACCUGAAACUGGCUUCAGCAAACACCCAUGAGAAGAAGCUGGCUGGCCACCAGAGGACAAGACCCAACAUGGGAGCAUUAAGGAGUAAAGGCCCAGUAGUCCAAUAUACUGGUGUGGAAAGUGUCGGAGGUUCUCCUACCAAACCUCAACAAUCAGCACCCAGCCAGCCUCAAGCUACAACACUAAUUCAACAGCUACAGCAGCGACCACAGCCCCAGCCCAUCCAGCAAGUCCAGCAGUCACCGCAGACCCAACAAACCCCUCAGACCCCACAGCCCUCACAAUCUGGCCAGCUUCCACGUGUUGAAAAUAAACAUCAGAUGGCAAAGAAGAGCACCUCUCCUUUCGUCCCUGGUGUGGGAGGGACACAUGCCUCCAAGAUGUUGCAGGCAGCAUCCUCCAAUACCAGCAGCCUCUCGACUAUAAAAGUAGUGAGUACCUCCAAUGCUCCCACAUCCUCCUUCACGUCUUCAUAUCAGCGGCCGACAUCCACCCUGGUUUCUCCUCCUCCUGUUGUUACUCAUGCUAUGGCCACCAUCCCUCAGCAGCCUUCCUACAGAGCCCCCACAGACCGAAUAUUCUACCUGGCACACACCUGUCAGCCUGCCUGUCUGAACCGUGUUCGACCAGCAAAAUCAGACCUGCACAGAGGAAAGAACCCCCUCCUCACUCCGCUGUUGUACGAUUUCAGACGAAUGACGGGGCGACGCAAAGUCAAUCGAAAGAUGUCCUUCCAUGUUAUCUACAAGGCUCCAUGUGGACUCUGCCUGCGUAGCAUGGGGGAGAUCCAGAACUACCUCUUCCAGACCCAAUGUGACUUUAUAUUCUUAGAAAUGUUCUGUCUCGACGCGUAUGUGCUGGUGGACCGGCCAUUCCAGCCACAAAGGCCCUUCUAUUACAUUCCAGACAUCACUAGUGGGAAGGAGGACAUCCCUCUGUCCUGUGUUAAUGAGAUUGAUACGACUCCACCUCCUAAUGUAAAAUACAGUAAGGAGCGCAUUCCUGAAGACGGAGUAUUUAUUAACACCAGUUCAGACUUCCUGGUUGGCUGUGAAUGUACAGACGGCUGUCGAGACAAAUCCAAAUGUUCCUGCCAUCAGCUGACCCUCCAGGCGUCAGGGUGUACGCCCGGGGGACAGAUCAACCACAGCGCAGGAUAUUCAUACAAGCGAUUAGAAGAGUGCCUGCCUACAGGGAUCUACGAAUGCAACAAAAGGUGCAAAUGUUGUGCUCAGAUGUGCACGAACCGGCUGGUGCAGCAUGGCCUGCAGGUUCGUCUGCAGCUCUUUAAGACCCAAAACAAAGGCUGGGGCAUCCGUUGCCUGGACGAUAUAGCUAAGGGCUCAUUUGUCUGCAUUUAUGCUGGUAAAAUCCUGACGGAUGACUUUGCUGACAAAGAAGGUCUGGAGAUGGGUGACGAGUAUUUUGCUAACCUUGACCACAUUGAGAGUGUGGAGAACUUCAAGGAAGGCUACGAGAGCGAGGCGCACUGUUCAGACAGCGAAGGAAGUGGCGUGGAUGUGUCUAGGAUGAAAAUCCAGCCAUCUGCUUUAGUCUCUAGCAGUGCCAGGAAAAAAGCCCAAAGCUCCAGCUCAUCAGAUGAUAGCAACAACGAAGAGGAAAAAGAUUCAAAGAGUGAAGACGAAAGCGACAGUUCAGAUGACACAUUUGUGAAGGAAAACUUCUACACCCCUGGUUCUGUGUGGAGGAGUUACACCACACGUGGACAGGCCAAAGGAAACAAAGAAGGAAGUCAGGACAGCAAAGAUGGGUUGAGUGUCUCAGCCAAAGGACAAGAAGAUGACAAACCGCCCUCUAUGCCUGAGGAGACGGGGAAAAGCAAAGUGGCGUCCUGGCUGACCGGCCAAGGACUGAAGAAGGAAACUGGAGACAACAAGAGUCAAAUAAAGACUGACCUUGCAAAAAAACAGGACGUCAUGACUCUCUCUGACAGCGAUGAUGUUCAAACGAUUAGCUCUGGAUCUGAAGACCGGGAAAAAGAGAGAGAAAAAGUCCCCCCAGCUUCUGUAUCCGGUGUGACUAAGAAGCAGGUGGCGGUGAAAUCCACCCGAGGCAUCGCCCUGAAGAACACCCACAGCAUGAUGGUGAAGACGGCUCCGUCUGCAGGAGGGGUCGGACCCAGCGGUCAGGGAAGCAAGCCGGGGCAGCAGGGGCAGUCUGGAGGAGGGACAGAAAACGCUCCUAAAAACACCCGCCUGUUCUUCGACGGAGAAGAGUCCUGCUACAUCAUCGAUGCCAAGUUGGAAGGAAAUCUUGGACGUUACCUCAAUCAUAGCUGCAGUCCUAACCUCUUUGUCCAGAAUGUCUUCGUUGACACACACGACUUGAGAUUCCCCUGGGUGGCUUUCUUUGCCAGCAAGCGGAUACGGGCCGGCACAGAACUGACCUGGGAUUAUAACUACGAGGUUGGGAGCGUGGAAGGCAAAGAGCUGCUGUGCUGCUGCGGAUCCACAGAGUGCCGAGGACGGCUGCUGUGAUCAACCCGGACCUCUGUUCCCCCCAGCAAGCCCCUUCACACUGUACCCAUUUCUGUUAUUGUAUUUCUAAGUUCAUUUUUAUGACAUCUCAUUCUUUUUGUUUGUUGUUUUUAUUUUUUUCAGCGUGUUUCUCAAAGUUUCUGAAGUUGUUUCAUGCAAAGUUUUCUGUACCUCUGAAUAAAAGUUUCUUCAGUGA